CCUGCCCGGGCCGCCUCCCCGCCGGGCGCCGCCUCCUUCCCUAAAUAGGGUGGCAGCGGGGACCGCGGGUGGUAGUGUGCGGGGCGGCGGCGCAGCCGGGGCGCGUGCGGAGGCGGAGGCGGACGCUGAGCCCAGCGGGCGCCCACAGCAGCUGCCCCGGCCGGGCGCCGGCAUCGCACGCAGGAUCUAGCCUCAGAGGUGUUGAGAUCUUGGAGCAAAGGAAACACAGCCCCCUGCCUCGGGGAGGAGGCGUCUCCCGGCCAUGUCUCCCACAGCUGCUGCUGAGCCAGAUGGGGAGCAGCAGGACAGGCUGGUCAGCAAGCUUAUCUUCUUCUUCUUUGUCUUUGGAGCCAUCCUGUUGUGCGUGGGGGUCCUGCUCUCCAUCUUUGGAUUCCAGGCCUGCCAAUAUGAAUCCCUGCCACACUGUAGCAUGGUGCUGAAGGUUGCAGGCCCUGCAUGUGCCAUGGUUGGGCUUGGGGCUGUGAUCCUGGCCCGCUCCCGGGCACGACUUCGGUUCCAUCAGGGGCGGCGGCAAGGCCACCAGGCAGACCCCGACCAAGCCUUCAUCUGUGGGGAGAGCCGCCAGUUUGCCCAGUGCCUUGUCUUCGGAUUUCUCUUUUUGACAAGCGGCAUGCUCAUCAGUGUGCUGGGCGUCUGGGUCCCUGGAUGCGGCUCAGGCUGGGAACAGGAACCGCUGAACGACACAGACUCUGCUGAUGAGGAGCCCCAGAUCUGUGGCUUCCUUUCUCUGCAGAUCAUGGGGCCCUUAAUUGUUCUCGUGGGAUUAUGUUUCUUCGUAGUCGCCCACGUCAAGAAGAGAAAUGAACUGAAUGCUGAUCAGGAUGCCCCUGACAGAGAAGAGAGACAGACCCAGAGCACGGAGCCCGUCCAGGUCACCGUAGGUGAUUCCGUGAUAGUAUUUCCACCCCCUCCCCCACCUUACUUUUCGGAGUCUUCAGCUGCUGCUGUCACUCGAAGUCCGGGGGCUAACGGUCUGCUUCCGAAUGAAAACCCACCUCCAUAUUACAGCAUUUUUAACUAUGGGACCCCAACUCCUGAGAGCCAGGGCACAGUCUCGGAGAGAAACCGCGAAUCUGUGUAUACUAUUUCUGGGACUAGCCCAUCCUUCGAGAUCUCACACACACCACAUCUCUCAUCUGAAUCGCCUCCCAGAUAUGAAGAGAAAGACAACACCGCGGGCACACCCUUAUCUCCAUCUUCCGUGCCUUCCCCACCAUGAGCUCUGUGACUCCAAUUCAGUUUUAUAUAUAAUGAAUCGCUAUUUUAUUUAAUUUGUU